AUGCCCUCAUCCUCCGUAACCGCUGCUGCUGUCGCCGCCUCCGCCAACCUGCCGACGACGGGCUAUGCAGCGGAGGGCGGGGUAGCUGCCCUCGCCUGCAAGCGGCACGCCUGUUGGCGGCGCUGCCCCUACAGCUGGGUGCCCCCGCGGGCGGCCCUAUGGGCACUGUCCCCUUUGCGGGCGAUUCUGCCCUCGUGGCAGUGCUUGCAGGUGGUGUUGCCUCACCGGGCAGCCGCCCCUGCUGGAGGAAACAAACGUGCACUUCGUGUUGUUGGAAUUGGUGCCGGAAGUUCCAGUCGUCCACCAAAUGAGGUCACCAGAGACGCCACUGGCCGCAGUGACCGAAGUAGAUUUGCUAACUGGUUGACCGAUACAAUUCCGCUGCCUCACUGCUGCUGUCCCUUCUUCGGGGUGCAGCCAUUUGGCCCUCGCACCAGACUUUAUCAGGUCUGGCAAGGGAAAAACGUAUUUUUGUUCGGGGGACAUAUGGUGUGUGGCCCAGAUCCACGAGGUCUCACCUUGACGACAGUGACCAUUGUUCUUUCAGAUUGGAUUUUCUGUGCCUACAUAGACGACACUUCACGCUUUGGCUUCAGAGCGACAGCGUCCAUGGUUUUAACAGCAGAAUACCGUUUGACUUGUUGAAUGCUCUAGCAGGUGAUUGUUAAUCUGAUCUUGGCCAGCACUCGAGACCCAGGAAUCAUUCCAAGGAAUCAAGUCUCAAAUGCAACUGACAUCAUCUCCAGAAGUAGGCGGGUCAGCGUUGAAGGUGUCUCGGUGAAGAUUAAAUAUUGUAAGAUAUGUAAGAUAUACCGUCCACCAAGAAGCUGUCACUGUGUUGUCUGUGACAACUGCGUCGAUAGAUUCGAUCACCACUGCCCUUGGAUUGGCCAAUGCAUCGGAUUGCGAAACUCUCGGUAUUACUUGAUGUUCAUAUUAUCAGCGUUGGUCUUCUUCAGCUACAUAUUUGCCUUCUCAUGGUUGAGAAUUAGGAGAAACUGGUCGAAGACUCGCUCGGGCUUGUUUCGGAUGCUUGGGGAUGCACCUGAAACCUUUCUCUUAGCACUGUUUAGCUUUAUGGCGAUCUGGUUGCUCGGAGGGUUCUUCAUUUUUCAUGCCUAUCUUAUUGCACACGAUCAGACAGCUCGUGAGAAUUUUAAGCAAUCAUAUGCCAAGACUCCUAAUCCUUACGAUAAAGGGAUACUGAGGAACAUCAAGGAAGCUUUGUUCACAAGAUUGCCACCAUCCAAAGUCAAUUUUCGAGCGCUCGUUGAGCCUGACUGGUGUUCCAUCGCAAGAAUGCUUGCGAGUUCUCCUAGCAGAGGAGACGAACCAACAGUUGCAGUGCAGCAUGUUCCUUGAG